AUGAAGAUCCGCUGGCCGGCCAUGCGGGUUGACGGUGUACAACUUCGGAAACCAGCUGCAGUUGGACGAACGAAACCCGAUGAGAGCCUCAUAAAACACCUGAAGCCGCUGUACUUUGUGUCAAAGCUGUUUUCCCUGAGCCCGUUCAGGCUAAUUUAUGGCCACAAUAAAGGUGCACAGAUUUCUGUUCCAGGAAUCGUCCAGUCCCUGGUGGCUAUCGUACUGUACGGUGCUUUUCAUCUCUACACCAAUUAUAAUGAUGAUUUUAUGGGCACUGCAAAAAGUAACCGGAACGAAUCAGCACCCGAACCGGAUAAGGCGGGCGGCGGAAAUGGGACAGGUGAAGGAAAUGUCGUCUCCGUCAUGAUUGACAUCUACAGUCGGUAUUCAGGACUGGGAUUGUACUGGAUACUGAUCGCAGGUGCCAUUGCUAAUCAACGUAUUCUGAUUAGGUGCUUAGGUUUGUUUGGUCAAGUGGAUGAAAUAUUUCUGACAAAGCUGGGAAUUAUAGUGCAGAACUCAAGAUGGAAGCGACUAAUUUGCAUUCAAAUGAUGUUCGUCGCCGUCGCCAUUCUUGUAUUCGAGUGGCUCAACUGCUUAAUGUAUCUGAGCGAUUACGCGCCCACGUCCCAGUACUGUUUAACCGAGUGCUAUCUCACUCUGCUAACGACCGUCACCGUCGAGUCCCAAUUCGUUGGUUACGUCAAAUUGCUGCAAAUGCGCUUUCAGCUCAUCAACCAGCUGCUGGAUCGACUAAAUGAAAUUCAAAAUCACAUCAGGAUGGAAAUUAUUAACGAUAUUAAAAAUUUAUAUGCACAUUUGCAUUUAUUAUCGCUGAAUAUUAAUAAUGCAUAUGGGGUGCAGCUGGUGUUCAUCCUUAUGACGCUGUUCGUUACAUUAACCACUUUGCUCUACUACUGCGUUAUGAAGGCAAUCAGGAUUCUACUACAACGGCCGGCAUCGUACGAGGCAUUAAUUGAACGCUGCUGGGAAGUGCUGAGCACCCUGUUCUGGGCCGCUGUUUGCAUCUUUCGUAUAUUUCGAAUCUGCAACAUUUGUAAUUCGGCAAAAAACGAGGCCUCACGCAUUGGUUCCUUAAUACAUGGCCUAGGAAUGAACACAAAUUGCACUACAACCAAAACAAUUGUUAAGAUAUUCUCGUUGCAACUAUUACAGCAACAGGUGGAUUUUACUGCGUGUGGAUUAUUCAGCAUCGAUCAUGGAUUGAUGUUCAAUAUAGUCGGAUCCGUUACAACUUAUAUUCUAAUUUUGCUUCAAUUCGACAUUGCUCAAAACAAGUCUAAAUGGCAUCGAUCCUAAGAAAUAAUGGAAACGUUUGAGUCUUUAGUCCGAUGUAACAUGCGUAUAACCACAAAUUGGUACGAUCACCCUACAUACUUAUUGGAUGUGAAGUUGAAUAUCCACUAUGAUGAGAGGAUCGUUCAUAGUAUUUAUC